AUGCCUAGCCAUAUCCAGUUUGCAGAACCGACCUUGAAGAAAAAAGCAGUCCGACCGUCUCGAAGGGAGACGAGGGAUAAUAUCACGAGUGAAGAAAAGGGGUCGACCCAAAGGACACUGUCUCCUGGCAGUGAAAUCGUUUACCCGACAGGAUGGAGGCUCAUCCUUACUACCAUAGGGCUUCUGAUUGGCUUCUUCCUAUCCAAUUUGGACGUGACAAUUGUGAGCUCUUCACUCACCAACAUUACGGAUAGUCUAGACGGGUUUGAGAAAAGAAGCUGGAUUAUCACCGGGUAUCUAGCCACUUAUACAGGCUUUAUGGCAAUAUGGACAAAAGCCAGCGACAUAAUCGGGCGGAAACAGACUACAAUUGCUGCUCUCGUGAUUCUGCUCGCAUUUUCAAUCGGAUGUGGUUGCGCGCAGACUGUCGAUCAACUGCAUUGGAGGUGCCGGUGCAUACGCGCUCGCAAUUCUCUGCAUAUACGAGAUUGCCCCAAAACACGCCUUCCCACCUAUAGUGGCAUCAUGUCGUGCUGUCUUGCUCUAGCUUGCCUGAUAGGGCCAAUCAUUGGAGGUGCCCUUGCGGGGGACUCGGCUUGGAGAUGGGUCUUCCUUAUCAAUGCUCCGCUAUGUGCUAUUGCAAUCGCCAUCAUCAUGAUUGCGAUGCCCAAGAAUUUCGGUCUUGAUCAACACACACCUUCCUUCAGAACCAGGGCAUCAUACAGAUCCUUUGCCAACCUUGACCUCGUGGGAUCGGUACUCAUGAUAAUUGGAUCAUUCUUGAUCGUCACAGUCCUAAAUGAAACAAAUCUUGCAUUUUCAUGGGUUUCGGGCAGUGCGAUUGUGCUCCUUGUACUCACGGGAGUUUCCUGGGUUGCGUUCUUUGCCUGGGAGUGGUACAUAUCGGGGAUUCCUGGAAAGGACCCAAUCUUUCCGAAGCGUUGGUUCUUUGAUCGUCCAUGGAUGGGUAUUCUCAUUACGUCAUUCGUGACCGGUGCACCAUUCAACGUCGUCUUGGUGUAUGUCCCACAGCAAGCCCAAAUCCUGCUAGACAAAUCGCCUCUCGACUCGGGCAUCUAUCUCAUCGGAUACUCUGCUGUUGCAGCAGCUGCCGCUGCUCUUAUCAAUAUUAUCAGCUCCAAGGGUCGUAUCCCUUUCAUUUAUUCUCUGCUUGUGGGCUGCGUGAUACACACCGUCGGUGUCGGACUCCUGUCAACCAUUGCCACUUCAAAGGGGUUUCACGCAACGGAUGUCGUUUAUGGAGUGAUUGCUGGUAUCGGUAUGGGUUUGAUCUUGGGUGUUCUAAUGCUAGCAACACCGUACAUAGUUGAGGAUAGAGAUCUCGCGAUUGGCACUGGUACUGUGGUCCAGCUUCGAUUUUUGGGUGGUGCUAUUGGGCUCGCCAUUGCCUCGAAUAUCCUUAAUGGCCACCUUUCACAUCAUCUAAAAGGUGUCCUAUCAUCGCACGAAUUACAUUUGUUUCUUGAGAAUGUGAAAUCAAUCACACACCUGUCGCCACAAUUACAGGAGCAGGUCAAGGGUGUCUUGGCCGAAAGUUACACUACACAGCUGAGGGUCAUGAUUGGAUUUGCGGCUGUGCAACUUCCAGCAGUUUUCCUACUCAUCAAGCCAGGCCAGCGGCAACUUGCGGCUGACAGAGUGGCUGCAGGGUAA